AUGAGUUCAUUGCCGUUUGGUAUAACACAACUGACAUUGGAACAACAAAAGCAAUUUCAUUUAGUACACGAUCAAUUAAAACCCGAUUAUACAUCGUAUAUUCAGUAUAAAAUACAAUUACAAAAAGAUUAUAAAACAAACUUUCACGAAGAAGAAUAUUUGAAAGAUGAAGAAGAAGAAUGGAAAUACGAAAUACAUCGUCAUUUACGUGCGAGAAAAUGGAAUGUUGCUGAUACCAUAACGUCGAUUAGAAACACAGUUCAAUGGCGAAUAGAUAAUCGUGCUGACUCUAUGUUAUUAGAAUCUGAACCAACCGAUAAAUUGGCUAAAGCUCAAAGAGCCGUUCCAUUCUCUAAUCAUGGCUACGCGAAAGACAAUUCUCCAUUGUACAUUGAAAAGACGGGUAAAAUUAAUGUUGACAUUAUAUUAACUGACUUUACAUUAGAAGAAAUUAUUUAUGGUCACAUAUUUAUACAAGAAUUUAAUUGUCAGCGAGCACGCGACCGAAGUAAACUUGUAUCGAAAUACGUAGAAACAAUUUCAACUAUUAUGGAUUUUAAAGGAAUGGAUUUGAGUGCAAGAAAAGUCAUACAUUUAAUAAAACACUUUUUACACAUCGAUAAUAAUUAUUAUCCAGAGCGAAUGGGGAAAAUGUUUGUUUUAAACACACCUCGUAUAUUUCCUAUUAUGUAUAAUCUCGUUCGACCAUGGUUGGAUCCCGUCACAUCGUCAAAAAUAUCUAUUCUUAAAAAUGAAGGAUAUGAAACAACCUUACUCGAACACAUUGAUGCCGAUCAGUUACCGAGCGAAUACGGAGGUACGUGUACUACAUGUGCAACAUCUCCCGACUGUAUUCCUGUUUAUGAUUGA